AUGGAGCUCGAUGGCCCUACGGCGACUUCUCCAAAAGUCGAGUCGAAGGAUGGAAACCUUGAUAGCCUCGAAAUUAUCAAGCAUGAAGAAGUAAAAGAAGAUGAUACUCAAGAAGACCUGAUUAAGAAGCUCUUCGACAUGGUUCGUGACGUGACCGCAGAGCAGCUGGCACUCAAGCAGCUUCAGAUAACAAACACCAUCUGCCGCCUCAAAGAACUCCAAGAUCAACAGCCUCCCAAGGCCACCUUCAACCCUGCCAUAGCAAACAGUUGCCGCGAGCGUCUCGAAGGCACACUCACAUACCUCACCUCUGAGCUCUCGGCCAUCCCUCCAGCCAAAUGGACCACCUACAAGAGGAAGCUCCUCAAGUUUUGCGAAUCCGAGCCCAUUCUCACCAUGACCUUUGCACAGCGUCUCUACAAAGUCGUCGACAUAAUCUACCUCCCGGAAGAAAUGGACGCGAUACCAAAGGAGGAUUUUAAGAGGAUGCACAGCGUGGCGAGGAUUUGUGCCGCUGCCGCUCAAGCGCUGGGGCCAGAGCACGAGAGUGAGGAGGCACUGGCUGAGAAGUGGAUUAGUGCAAAGGCUCAGGAUUUGGAGUUUUUGAAGAAGAUGUUUCGUUCUAUGAGGGGGAUUUACAAGGCUUCUGCGCCUGAGCGGACGGAGAUGCCUUGGGAGAGACAAGCGGGGGAACGAGAUAAUGGACAAGCCUGCGGGAAUGCCCAAAGCUUAUGA